AUGGAUCCAUUAUGUUAUGCAAUGUCAUUGUAUCGGCGCCGUUACCAUGAUCGAUGUAUGGAAAUUUGCAAUGAACAAAUCGAACAGAAUCCAAAAAAUCAGAUUUUCUGGUGUUUGAAACUUCGAUGUUUGACCGAACAAACUUAUGUUGAUGAUCUGGAAGCCGACGAAGAUGGUAUAGCCGAAACGUUGAUGGAUGAAACACGAAUAGCAGAAACAGCUCGUCCUGGAACAUCGCUUCGAACAGCUACAGCAACAUCAUUAGCACGACAAUCAACAUCACAAGCGAUUCGACCGGUUACUCAAUCUGGUCGACCGUUAAGUGGAAUGAUUAGACCUGGUACAAACAGUGUUGGUGCUAAUCAAUCUUUAGAAUCUGCAUUAUCGGCACCACGUACUGGAUAUUCUGCUAGACCUAUGACCACUGCUUCUGGACGUCAUGCUCGUCUUGGUACAGCUUCGAUGUUAGCUUUGAAGGAAAGUGGUGGCGAAUUUCUCAACGUAGAACGUUUGAAUGUGGACAAAUACUCUAAAAUGCCACCAAUGGCUCGUGCUCUUUUUGAAUAUAUUUUCCAUAAUCAAUGUAAUUUUCGAAUAGCUUUACAGCUAGCCAUAAAGACUAACGUAGAGAUGGCCAAAAUGGAUUGGUGGUGGAAAGCUCAGAUCGGUAAAUGUUAUUACAAAUUGGCAUUACUUCGUGAUUCAGAGGAAUAUUUUCGCGAUGCAUUACAGCAUUAUGAAGUGGCUGUCGACGUUUAUAUAUGGUUAGGCAAAGUGUACAUUCGAAUGGAUCAGCCAUUGAAAGCAUUGGAUCUAUAUCGACAAGGACUGGAAAAACAUCCAAAUGAAACACUUUUAUUACGAUAUGCUGCCCGUAUUCAUGAAUCGAUGAACGAAAUGGAUGAAUCGAUCGGAUUAUAUCGAUCAAUAUUGACUUAUGAUGCAAUCGAUAUUGAAGCUAUCGCUUCGAUCGCUAUGAAUGAAUUCUAUAGUGAUCAACCAGAGAUUGCACUUCGCUAUUAUCGGCGAUUACUGCAGAUGGGAAUAUUCAAAUCGGAAAUCUACAAUAAUAUAGCCCUUUGCUGUUUCUAUUCACAACAGUACGAUAUGGUGGUCACUUGUUUUGAACGAGCUCUCAUGUUUGCCGAGACUGAUGAAAUGAUAGCUGAUAUAUGGUAUAACAUUGGCCAUGUGGCUCUUGGUUCUGGUGAUCGACAAUUAGCAUUGUACUGUUUCCGGUUAGCUUCAUCCUCUAACAAUGAUCAUGCUGAAGCGUACAAUAAUCUCGGCGUUUUAGAGAUAACUAAAGGCAUUGGAACAACUGGUGGUCAAUAUCAACGGUCAAACACGACAACAACAACAACAACGACAGCCAAUGUUCAACAGGCUAAAUCUUAUUUUCAAUCAUCAGCUAAUGUUGGAUCUUAUCUAUAUGAACCACAUUAUAAUCUAGCAUUAUUAGCAGAAAAUUCUGGCCAUUUUGAUCUUAGCUAUGAAUACGUGCAGAAAUCAUUGAAUCUAUAUCCCGAUCAUUAUGCAUCAAAAGAGCUAAGAAAUCGUGUAUGGAAACUUUAUGAAGCUGUUUGAUGAUGUUUGACCAGAUUCAUUGGAAACGGUUCAAGAUUUUUUGUUGUUGUUGCUGCUGAUCGAUGGCCACCUGUUGAUUGUUUUUCCAAUGUGACUACAAGACAAACAAA